AUGUAUUGUCAGCAGUCACACCAGCAGAUAUUGAUACCAUCAGGGGCAGUUGUCAAAGUCUCCAUAGGUACAGAAUUUGGUGGAGAGAACAGUAUGAAUGUCUUCGUUUUUCCGUCCGUUCACGAUGUUAGCAAGAGUGGAGGACUCUGUGGAAAACUUUCCAACACCGUGGAAGGUGCUUUUGUGUUGAGAAAUGGAACGCGGGUACAUUAUGUAGAGGAUUUCAUAAAAUCCUGGAGUGUUGAAGACCAAAACAACCUUUUCAACGAAAGCACAUCUCACGAGUUAAAGCGUUGGGAUUCAUCAGUGGAGUAUUGCAGUUGUCCAGCGUGUAAUACCACUCCUUGCAGUGAAAUACAAUGUGGCCCAAUGCAGGAGGUAGAUGGCAGCUAUAAAUACAGACCACAUGUGAGAGUUGUGUCAAACAUUAAAAGGUGCAGCAUCCACGCCAGAAGAAAAAGAUCAACCGUUAAACCCAAUUUGCACCAGAUGUCAGUACAUAAACGGGAUACACCUGACCUGGUAAAUGACUGGACAAGGGAAAAUGCAACAGCUUUCUGCGAAAAACAUUUUGACCUCUCAUCUUCUGCAAAGAUGUGUCUAGAGAUCCAAACUGUAAACAUAACCAAGAACAUCGAAUACUGUGUAUUAGACAUUUUGGCAUCUGGCAGUACAGAAUUCCUUGGCGCUGCUCUAGACAGCAUGCAGACUUCUUGUAUGCAUGCAUUGGUGAUGAACAGUACAUUCCACCACAAAAUUGAAGAAGAAUCAAUUCUUGACAAAUUCGUCAAGGUCACGUGCCCAUAUGGCUGCAGUAUGAAAGGAGACUGUGCCGAUGGUGUAUGCAGGUGCCAUGGAAAUUUCAGCGGGUCAGACUGUUCAGUUGACAUCAGUUAUCCCCCGAAAAUAACGGACGUUGAGUUUGAAGGACUAUGUGAUGUAAAUGAAGAUCCUUGCACAGCUAUAGCUCUGUUUGGAAAAACUUUCGUCGAGAGUUCCAGAACAAUCUGCAGGUUCAGACACUUAGCCAAUGAAAAUCACACUUCGGAUGGUUUGUCUGUCACUACAGCACACUUUCAAAGUCUGUUGGAAGUUGCUUGCCCCAUACCAGUGCACAGAUCGAAGCGUUCUGCAAUAGGAUCUAAGGCUGAAGAUAAACCUCGUGUUUUCUACGUCUCCGUCUCCAACAAUGGCGUCGCUUACAGCGAGGAGAGGAUUGUCGUCAUCUACAACUCCACUUGUCAGACGUGCACACUCUCUGGAACGUCUGUCAACUGCGUCACUUUAGAAGAUUAUUGUACAGUUGGUACUCAAUGCAUCCCAGAAGGCGGUAGAUAUCCAUUUGGCGAAUGUUUGGUAUGCGACAUUAACGGGAACGAAAGAACCUGGCAAGAGGAUCCUA